GUGACAUGUCACUUCAGAUAGCUGGCUGGAAAGGUUGGCAAUUUGCAGUUUUCUUUUUCCUCGAGUCAAGGUUUAUAUUCUCUUUGUCAAGGUUAUACGUGGGACGUAAAUAUCUUAACAAUAUUCUCGUUACAUAUUAAAUAUUAAGAGAGUAGAUCGCAAGAUAACUUUGGAACUUGGACAUCGAUUUGGAAAAAGUGAUAAUUUAUUGGCAGCCAACCAGCUAUUAAAGUACCUAUUCAGAUGAAAUGUUAAAACCCAUGAAGGUUUUAAAUAGUGUCCAAGACUUACCAGAAUUAACGAAAUCGACUGUCCAUCUGAGAAACGAAACGGAAUUGCUGGAGAAACUGAACAAAAUAUUGAAGGACGGUCAUGACAAGUUGCAGAUAGUCACAGACUUCGAUCACACCCUAACACGACACACCCUGGAUAAUGGGAAAACAGUGUUAACUAGUUUUGGUAUGUUUAGAGAGUGCCCGUCUGUCCCACAACACUACAAGGAUGAGGAUAACAGACUAGCUGGUAUAUACAAGCCAAUUGAAUGUGACCCUGUGAUGAGCGUAGAAGAGAAGACCAAGCAUAUGAUAAAAUGGUAUGUUGCAGCACAUCAACUGUUAAGAGGCACGAAGUUCCCCCGAAACGAACUCACAGAUGUGGCUCAAAAGAUGAUAGAGAGUUUCAGGCGAGGUGUAAAAGACAUGAUAUCAUGGUGUGAGACGCAGAAGGUGCCCGUGUUGGUGUUCUCAGCGGGCUUGGGAGAGUCGGUAGUCGCGGCGCUGAAGGCAGCUAACUUCUUACUGCCACAUGUAAAGGUAAUAUCGAACUUCCUCGCAAUGGACGAAGACGACAACAUAGUGGGUAUAAAGGGUGAAGUGAUUCACACUUACAACAAGAACGAGACGGCGAUCAAGAACACAGAGUAUUACGACAUGGUGCAGGAACGCAGUAACGUUAUACUGAUGGGUGAUAACAUCGGUGAUGCCGGCAUGGCCGAGGGCAUGGAGCACUGCGACGUGGUCGUCAAGAUCGGGUAUCUUGGUCACAAAAUCGAGGCCAACCUACCCAACUAUUUAAACAAGUUUGAUAUAGUACUGAUCGACGAUCCGACCAUGGACGUAACGAAUGCCAUAUUAAAACUUUUGCUGUGAUUUAGAUCGUAUUAUAUAUAUUUCGCUGUUUAAGUUUUGCAUUUGUGUUGGAUGCAAUAGAUAAUUUUUGUUUGGAUCCGUCGUGUUGUAAUACAUCCUCGCGAAUAAACUUUAAUUUUAUUGUAUUAAUUCAACAGUUCGUGUGAUCGAUGCCUUAUUUUGUUGAAUUAAACUGUCUAGCAAAA